UGUACAUGUAGUAGUUCAAAUGGUAAUUUGAAUAUUUGGGUCAAGUGUCACUUUUGAUUUCCGUCGACAUUUUUAUGAAAUUUCGAAAAGUAUGAGGGCAUUUGAUUGGAAAAGCGUUACGUGUUUGUUGUGAGUUCAGUUCGGCGCUAAAAUUGGAUCAUAAGAAAAUUGGAAGUUUGAUCAAUAUCUUUUAUUUACUGGAUACGUAUGAUCUCGUGCUGGCGAUUACAAAAAUGGAAGCCGAGAUGAAAAUCGGGAUUGAUACAGCUGAUGAAAAAGGGAAUGAGACCAAGGCUUUGGUCAAGAAGAAAAAUGAAAGUUCUCGUAUCUCGGUGAAGGAGUUUUUGAAUUACCUGAAAACAGCUUAUCAGCUACAAGAUAAUGAGAGUGGCGGCGAGGGAAUAUUGAUGUCUGGUGGCAUGAAAGACGCAGUUGACUGGUUGAAAAGUAAGGAGAACCAAGAGCUGUUAAGAAUAAAUAGUAUCUGUUUGUCAAACGUCUGAUACUAUGUUGCAGGAAGAUGCAAAAGAAACACGUAGUAAGAAAAGUGGUACGAGCUGCACUAAUAGUAAUAACGCUUCCGUUAGUAACUUGUCAGAGGCGGACUCACUGAAAAACAAAUUGAGUGAGGUUUUGUCUGAAGGACUUCUGGACUCUGUUUUACCAUACCUCGUACAAAAUGCUGCCAACAUCAAGAAGAAUCUAUCAGUUAAAUUAAAUGAGAAGCUCUCGGUUCAGUCAAGCUCACAGUCUUCAAGUGAAAAGGUACUGUCUAAAAAGUCGUCUGGAGACUCCAGUUGUAAGUUGAGUGUCAUUAAAACUGACUCCGAGGUGGAGAUACAUGUAUGCGAUGAGGUGAAGAAUAUGAAGAAAACAUUUGUGUGCAACCAGAAACUACUUGUCGAAAAAAUGGGAUACUUUGCAGAGGUGACACUAGGUCAACGCUUGGAGGAUAUGGACAUAUCGGUUCACUGCGACAUAGCCAUAUUCGAAUGGCUCAUGCAGUGGGUGAAAAAAGAAUCUCUGUUAGAGGAAGAUUGGCCUAAAUUGGACCCUCAGUGCGUCAUACCGAUUCUGGUAUCGGCCGCAUUCCUACAAAUGGAUCCGUUAUUGAAUGAUUGUCUUUUAUUUUGCCAUGAACAUAUGAAUGAGAUCCUCAGGACCAGUACCAACUUGUCCUGUUUGAAUGAUUCUGUUCUGACGAGAUUAGCUGCAAUGUACACCAAUACUGAAGUGGAGGCUAUCAAGGACCGAAAAGACAAAAUACAAUCGCGACUGUUCACAAAGCUCAUCAUGUCAUUAGGUGAACCGGACGCUGAGAGUGUUAGGGGACAUUGGUGUUCUCUAGCAAGUCUUUUCAAAUGUGAGAAAUGCCACUUGCUUAUGACUCCUCAUGUGGCGCCAAAUAUUCCAUGCAUACCAUCAUGCAUGAGAUUGCAACCAGACGGAUCAAUUAUAAGUUUGCAUGUGAUGGAUCUCAGAUGGUCUCUGAGCAACCACAUCGUCACUUUACGCUCCGCCCUAAAGUCGUGGCGUCGCGUUUAUUGGCGGCUGUGGGGCUCCGCCCAUUUCUUGUUUUGCGCCGCCUGUCGCCAGCCUUUCCCAUGUACCCGUCACGCUUGGUGUCGUCAUCAUCCUGACCCGCCCCAGUUUUUCGCCACGGAUGCUGGGUGUCAGAAACCGCCGUUGCCCGUCGGAAGGUACCCCUGUUGUGGCGAAAGGGCAUACAGGUUCAAGGUGCUGGAUGAAGGUGGCGGGUGUCAAUUCAGGCAGCAUAUGGUAUGUUCGAUGGAUAUCAGAGAAACUGCUAUAUACAGUAUGUUGGAGAGCUAUAGACAUUUGAUAGAAGAGGAACCUCCUCAAUUGCUGUUUCCAGAAAGGCUAACGCGGUUAGUGGCAAGAGGUACGUAUAGUAAAACAUUUCUGAUAUAUAUUUUUUUAUCUAACGUAAAUAUAAAACUAAUGGAAUUAUAAUUU